AAAACGGAGAACAUGUGAUGACACUGGCUCGCAGACAUUCCAGGCGACUUAUUUAAGACCAGCCUGUCCGAUAGACUUUCUCAGCUACCAACCUUGGCCAGCAGUGAACUCCACAACACGACAAUGGAUAAUUUUAUGGACAUGACGAAGAAAGCCGGCCACACGGCCGAGCUGGAACGCCUGGUUGCUCUCCACGAGACAUACUAUGAUGCCAUGGAUGGCAAGCUUGUCUUGGCACCUCUCGACCUCCAGGAGCCGGGCAAGAAGAUCCUCGACUGCGGUACCGCGGACGGUAUCUGGCUUCGCGACGUGCGGAAGUCGGCCCCAGCGGAACACCAGUACUUCGGCAGCGACAUCGAGCCGGAGCUCUUCCCUGAGCAACCUGACGGCAUUACAUACUUCCCCCAAUCUUUCAGCGAGCCAUGGGCCGACGAGCACAAAGACGCAUUCGACCUUGUCCACGUCCGGGGGAGCCUGGCGGGCUCCAGCCCCAAGAGGCCCGUCGAUGUGGUCAAGGGCCUUGCCUCCGUGACGAAGCCGGGCGGCUGGGUCCAGCUCAUGGAGUUGAAUGCGUUCAGCGCCCCCAGCAACGGUCCUGCCAUGACCGACUUCGCGCGCAUGGCCUCCGAGAUCUGGGCCGGGAUCAAGGUGGGUGACUUCGCCAAUGAGCUGAAGUCCAUGUUGGAGGAGGUGGGCCUGCAGAACGUCCAAGAGAAGAGAGUCAUUGUUUCCUUGGGGAAGCAGGCGAAGCCCGAAUUACAUGCCAAGAGUAUCCAUGGGGUGACCGGACCUAUUCGGCCCCUGACGUCGGUCGCGCGGAGUGUGCCCAAUUCUUUCACGGAUGAGCAGCUUUCAUCCCUACCGGACCGGGUGAGGGAGGAGUUGGAGACUGAGGGAGGAAGGGUUGAGAUGGUUGUGGCAUGGGGUCAGCGUGUCUAGAUGGGGUUUCCCUUCAUGCCCUUCACAUUGGCGCAGAGAGUUGGAGUAUAUAUGUUUCAUGUCCUUUAUGAACGUCUUGCGUACAUCCCUAUUAUAACUUGUCCGUGUGGGCCCGCAAAUAUUAGGAAUGCACGAGCUAUAAACAUUCUA